AUGUGGACGAGUAAGAAUUCGGAACGCUUGGCCCGAAAUUCAGAAAAAACAUCGGGCCGCCGGGUUUCCGGGGCCGCUUUGACAGACUUUGCCCAACGCAAAACCCCGAGAAAAGGCCAGAGAGACGGAAUUUCGAAUGAGAGAAAGGGUGACGAAAGAAAGAAUCGACAGCCGGGUCCCAAAAGCACUUGCAAACUGCUGCUCGACUGUAUGGAAGAGCCGAGUGAGACCAGGUCCCCAGUUCGUUUUGAUCUGUGGGCCCCAUACUCUUGGAUCUGUCCGGGUUAA